AUGUCGGCAUCUGCGAUGGAAAAACAUCUUUUCAACCUGAAAUUCGCUGUGAAAGAUCUUGAACGUAGCUCAAAAAAGUGCGAAAAAGAGGAAAAAGCUGAAAUCGCCAAAACCAAAAAGGCAAUCCAGAAGGGAAAUGCCGAGGUAGCCCGAAUUCACGCUGAAAAUGCAAUCCGUCAGAAGAAUCAAGCCUUGAAUUACUUGCGAAUGAGUGCGCGAGUCGAUGCAGUUGCAUCUCGUGUUCAAACUGCCCUCACAACGCGAAAGGUCACCACAUCGAUGGCUGGCGUCGUAAAAGCCAUGGAUGCGGCGAUGAAAGGCAUGAAUUUGGAAAAAAUCUCGACGCUGAUGGACAAAUUCGAGACACAAUUCGAAGAUUUGGAUGUGCAAAGUUCGUAUAUGGAGAAUACGAUGUCACAAACGACGACAACUUCCGUGCCGCAAGGCGAUGUCGAGCAAUUAAUGCAACGCGUUGCCGACGAAGCAGGUUUGGAAUUGAAUAUGGAGAUGCCAGCAGGUCCUCAGGCAUCAACUUUGGGCGCAUCGACACAAGUUUCGCAGGAACAGGACGAAUUAUCGCAACGAUUGGCACGACUUCGACAAGCGGAAUAAGAAAAAUGUUGAUUUUUGGAUUUUUGCAAGGCUAAAUUACUCCCUCAAUCCUCCUUUAUGGAAUCUUUAGAUGCUUUCACGAUAGCACGAGGCAUUAUUUACUAAUAAAUGUUCAAAAAAGUCAAAAUUUGAUU